AUAACAUACAUUACCAUAAUAAUAAUAAUAUCUAAUAAAUAAAUAGACAAAUAAAUAAACAAAUAAAAAUAAGAAGAAGGAAUCCCAAACUCAAAGAGACCGAAGGGAAGAAGAAGAAGAAACCAUUAUUUUGAUUCCUAUGUCUUCUACUACUUUGGCUCUGGAAUGCAUCCGAUGACGCAAGACGAAUUCGUAAAUUACUAAAGGAGGUGCUGUUGGGACUGUAGCAUGUUUGACCCAAUAUUGGUGGUGGUCUGUUGUGCUGGGAUUGGCUUGACUCUUUCUUACCUGACACUCGGAAGUUCCAGAGUCCCUGACAAGAAGGAUGACGAUGACGAGAGCAAUGAAACUGGGCAUUCGUCCAGAAAGAGACGGGUUCUUAUCGUCACUGCCCACCCUGAUGAUGAGGUGAUGUUUUUCGGUCCGACCAUUCUCCACUUCACUCAGCGGGAGGGAGCACUCGUCUACCUUCUGUGUCUCUCCACAGGUAAUCAUUACGGAAAGGGCAGAAUUCGUUGUCAAGAACUCAUGGAGAGUUGUCGCCUGUUGGGAAUAGCGAGAGAAAAUAUUCUGCUCUAUCGAUGUGAUGAUUUGCCGGAUGAUCCGUCCAUAAUGUGGCCAACCGUACGCACUGCCAAUCUUAUCAACCAGUAUCUUCAUGCUCUAGAUAUAAACAUGGUGGUAACGUUUGAUGUUGGAGGUGUCAGCGGUCAUGUUAAUCAUUCCGCCCUUUAUUCUGCCAUCCAGCAUCUUGUGGAAGAAGAAUUUCUGCCAGAAACCUGUGAAGCCUUUUCUUUGGAUUCAGUCAAUAUUUUCCGAAAAUACUCCUCACUUCUUGAUGUUCCUCUAAGUUAUGCUUUUUCGUCCUGUGCCUUCACUGUAGAUUUUAAACACUACGCCAUUUUACAGAGAGCCAUGCGUGCCCACAAUAGCCAGUUUGUGUGGUUCAGAAAGCUCUAUAUGAUUUUCUCAAGAUACGUACUCAUUAAUACUUUAACAAAAAUAAAUACCUAGGGAACAGAUUUGUGUGUAUAUAUUUUUCAGAUGUACUUUUUAUGGGAGUUUUAUCCUCGUCUUAGUAAUUUGUGUGUAGUGUAUAAUUUAUUUGAUUUGUUGCACUGUACUUAGCAGAAAAUGGACUGCCAUAUCCUGAGUCAGAAUGUGGGAAAAAUAUUUUGAUGCAACGGCCAAUAUCUCAUCGUGAUUUUGUGACCUGCAUUUUGUAUAAGUGAUGUUUGACAUUAUCAUCUCUUUAUAACUUGCACUGUAUAUACAGCACCUAAAUUUUCCUGCUAAGGUACAUAUUAAGAAUACAUUGAUAUAAAUACAAGAAUUAAAUUCAAUUUAAAAUACUGUAGUACCUGGUUCUCCUACUAAGACUUAAGUGUACUAUUUUUCAUGUGAGAACACCUGCAAAGAAAUGGUUGUUGUCUCAUGGAAACUUAAGCUGACUUUCCGAUCAGUAACAAAGACCCUACAUUGUAGCCUGCAUUUGAAUAUUUUAUAGAUAUCUUACAGUUGCCAGCAAUUCCUCAUAGUUUCAAACCUAAACUAACCUGUAACUUACCCUUGACAUUCAAUUUUUAAUCCUAUAAAAUGGUAGCCAGGCCAAAUACAAUGAAAAUAACAUAAAUACGUUAAGCAAAGGAGCUACUGGGAGGUGACUUUUGUGUUUCAAUAGUCAUUUUAUUUGCUGUAAGUGUAAUUUGAUUUUCUCUACACCUGACAAAGCCUAAAUGCCAUUUCUCGGCAAUUUUCUAUAUUUAACUGCAGACAUAUAGUAGUAUUGUCAUUUGGAAUUGCAACUUUUGUUGGAAGCAUAUUUCAUCUGAAAAAUAUUCAUAAUCUGUACAGUGACCCUUGGUUGUGUGAGACAGAAGGUAUUUGGUUAUAAUGUUUUGAAUUUACUUGUGAAAAUACAUUUACAUAUUUAACGUUUGUAAGUGUUUGUUUAAGGAUUUUAAUACUAUCUGUAAAAAUCUUUAUGGAAAUUUAUAUUUUUAGGAUAUGUUGUUUAAUAACUCACCAGAAACACACAUUCAAGAGCAUUGAAUAAAAAAAAAAGGGCCUUAGGAUGCAGGUUAUUGUCACAAGAAAAUUGAAUGUGUUUCAUGUGGGUUUAUUUAUGUGUUUUCUUGGUAACAGUAUUAGUUUUUCGAUGAAUUACUUUAUUAGGUCACAGCUCUGAAUAGUUAUUAUAGCAGGUUCCUCAAAACUUGUGAAAAAAAUUUUCUUUGAAGUCCACCGUUAAGGUACCACACGAUUAGAUGUUAUCCGGUCAAUUUGUUUUUGCUCGAUGAAAUAUUUGGUCAGUUUUGUUUGAUGAUGUAGCUCCCUUCCAACCUUGGAGGGAAGAGAAUAUGUUUGGUAGGUUUGUUGCUUUACUUGUAGCCUGCAAAUAGUCUGUUACUAGUGAGUUUCCCAGCAUUAUACUUUGUUCACUGUUUACAUUUACAGGGGUAUUUAAAACUACUGUACAGAGCAUUAGUAGUGAACUGCUCAGGACCAACAUUUUUGUUCAGUGUAUCAUAAUUAGUCUCAUUCACGAUCAUUGUUAGUCUUUACUGUUAGCAGUAUCAUUGUCAUCAAUUUCAUCAUCAUCAUCAUGGUUUACUGAUGAAUAUUGCAUAAUUACAUUUUCAUGACGCACCACAUGAAGAACACUGUACGUAUCAGUAUUUCAACGUAUUGCUAGAUGCUACCUAUGUUUUCAUUCACGGACAAACUACAGCAAUGUGCUUAGGUGCAGUGUGGGAACCAGGUAUAUAUUUGCUAAAAAAUUGCAUACUUUCUAAGGGUUUAGAGAUCCCUCUCAACCUUCUGUAUUCAGUACAUAUGAAAUUCCAUCAAUUGCAUGCAUCAUUUAUGCUCUCCAUAUAUGUAAAUUCUGUCCUUUGUCUGUGGUGUUGACUCCCCUCUUUUCAGGGUUGUUUCAGGUUGCUUAGUCUUUCCUCUGAAGGGCGUUGUCAUCUACUGUGGGCUGUUAAAUAUCAAGUGUUUUAUAGAAUGUUUUGCUUUAUCACCAAACUGUGGUAGAAAUCCUUGUUCAUACUUUACAUCUAUUUUUUCCUUUUACUUUAAUAUUAUUAUACAAAGGAUCAGUUUAUCCAGACCUCUGAGCCCAGUAAAGGCUCUUCUCAUGCUGGUUAGCCCUUUUACUUAAAGCUCUGGAGAAAUGAAGUCAAUUAUUGUAUUGCAUGCAAACAUAAAACAUCAAUACAAAUUCUUGACACUUUCAAGUUAGUGAGCAUUUCAUUAUAGUGUUCCAGCCCGGGAAAUGUCCAAGCCUUGAUGGCUGACACUGCAAUUAUGUAGUCAUUAGAUGAAAUGAAAUGAAAUGAGGUUUUGCUUAGGGUAUGUGGAAAUUGGUACAUAAGUUCAUGUCUGUGUUGUAGACAUGAAGUUCAUCUCCCACUUUUCUCUUAGAUAUAUUUUUUUUCAUACUGGAAAACUGAGAUAUAUUUUUUUUCAUACUGGAAAACUGUGGGCAGGAUGACAUUCAACCUUCAAGAAUUAUAGUGCAGCUCUUUCACAGGUCGUCCAAAUAUUCUUUUGGAUGCAGCUCCAUCCCCUCCCUUUGAGAUGAGUUGCUCCUGUGUCCUGUCAUGGCUUUGAAAAGAGAGUACAUCGUUGCCACCAGUUAUUCCAUAUCCCACUGUCAGUACAUAUUUGUUUAUGUCACUGUAGCGUGGUAUCACCUCUUACCUUAAAACACUACAGCCUUCUGACUUUCAUAUAUUGAAAGUGCCUUUUCUUCUGUCCAAGAGGACUUUGCUGCCUCUCAAUGUAAAGUUCAUAAAAUUUUGGCUCUGGCUACUUUAGUUCAUUGCAGACAUCAGUUGAUCAAGUCACACAUACUCGAGUUGGAGAUACCAGUUCACCUCUUUCCAGUUUGGAGACAUCUACAGUACUUCAGUACACUUUCGUCAGCCCUGUGGUGGCCACUGGCACAGCAGGCAGCUAAACUCUUCCCCAACUAUUACUCUUUUUACCAUCUGUUUUCACUCGUCAUUUUAUCCUCGACAAACCUUUACAUUUCCUACGAAUUAGUGGGUGGGUAUGAGAAAAAUUUCCAUUGCCUUCCUGUCCAAGUUAAUCAUGCUUGGUGUAAGGCCAGUAUAUGCCCAUUUCCAGCCACAAGCUUUCAAGUCACACAUCAUACAUAAACACCUUUACAUUGAGACGAAGCAUCCCCCCUCUCCCCUCCAGUCAGGCACAGGCACACCACUUGAAGGAAGAUGCUUCCUACUGAAUAGAAGGGGUGAGAGAUGGCGUUCCUUCAGUUGAGAGGGAUCUCGCACCCUCAAGAGAGGCAAUAUCUUUAUAUUAAAUAUAUGUGUAUGGUUGUCCGCUUCAAAUAGAAGCAUAAGGUUAUGUAUGGCAAUGCUUUGAAUAUAAGGAACAAAAUUUUUCAGAAUAUUUUGCCGAUAGACAAUAGUGCACAUUUACAGGAAUCCUUAAUAUGAUGGAGUAAAUAUAAUCAAGUACAAAGUCAUCAAUUUCAGGGGUUAGUAUCAUCAUUGCCAUUUUCUAACUUGAAAAUGGUAAUUGUAAACUGCAAUGUAAUGAAAGUCAAGAUAUAUGGUUUUAUUAAACCUGCCCAACAGUGUAGGUAUUUAGAGAGAUGCUACUAACAGCAGCAGUUUAAAAUGGUGAAACUCCUUGAAGUAAUUAUGAAUAUAAUGCUGUAGAUACUUUUGGUCAUAACAAUUCACAAAAGGCAAUUAGGUUUAUGGAGAUAAGCCUGCCUUAUAUUUUGAAUGAUGUUUUCUGUGAUUGGGGAUUUUAGGCCUUACAUACAUUUGGAGAAUGGUAAGAUUUUUGCAGCUGGUAUAUAUUGUCUGUGAUGAGAAAUACAAGUACAUAUUAGUACAAUAGAAUUUUUGUCUAGACUUUUAGGAACAAUUUUUUUUUUAAAUCAUGGCUUUAGCACUUGAGAAUUGACCAUGGCAGCUAUAAAGCUAUUCUGUUCUCAGAAUGAUUAUUCACAAUGUACAUUUAAAGGACUGUAAGCAUUUGCUAGCAUUCACAAAUGAGGUAAACUGUAUAAUUUGCAAUACUCUGCAAAAGUAUUAUGUAUUGAUAAUACUCGUCACAUAGCUGGACAUUCCAGAAACUGCCUGCAAUUGCUUCUUGAUUGCAUGUAUAUGCAGUCCCCGGGUUAUGACGCGUUCGGCUUACGACGUUCCAAGGUUAAGGCGCUUUUCAAUUAUAUUCAUCAGAAAUUAUUUCCAGGGUUACGACGCCUACAAUGCUGAUCUGGCCGAAGAAAUAUGACACCAAAAAUGCAAAAUAUUCAAUAUUUGAAGGUUUUUUUAUGAAAAAUGCAAUAAGAAUGCAGUUUACAUAGUUUUCAAAGCAUUAAAGUAAGGUUUUCUUAGGAUUUUUUAUGAUGAUCCGGCUUACGAAGAUUUUUGGGUUACAACGCAUCUCAAGAACGGAACCCCUCUCGUAACCCGGGGACUGCCUGUAUAUUCAGCCUCACAGUGAGCAGGUACUGAAAUUCUUUUAAGUUACAGUCAGCCCCUGCCUAUUUGUGGUUCUGGAGUCGCGGCCUCCCCUAUUUGCGUAUUUUCCUGUGGAACAUAUUUCUAUGUCAUUCACAUAAAAUUUGCCUGUUGCAGAAUUUUUCAUAGAGAAAUGUUCACUAAUAACAGUAUUUUCAUAUUUUCAUGACUAAAUACAUUCUUCAUGAUAAAAUUGUCAAAAAAGGCAGUUAUUAGCAUUUUUAGAGGGGUGUCGGGUAUUUGCGGGCAGGGGGAGGUUUUGUCCUUAUUCCCCGCGAAUCCCAGGGGUUGAUUGUAUGUAACUUCAGCUCACUGCAGCUUCUUUGAAGUCUUCAACAGAGUAAUAAGUGCUAAGUGCUACCUAAUUAAUACUUGCUAUAAAGUGGUGAUAAGCAUCUUGUUUAUCCUAUACGUAUUUGCAUUUCUUCUCUAGUCCUGUUGUAUGAAAUGCUGUAUUCAUUUUUCCUUCAAUGUAGCUGGAAAUAUAUUAAAAAUUAAUAGCA